CACUCUUGUAGGCCCACAACCCACAGUAGCGCUACUCUCUCUAUAUCACCGCUCCUCUAAUUAUUCAAGUAAUCUCUAGUUGAAAUCAUGCCGCCGAAAUAUAAAGGCGCGACCAACGCGCUCCGCACUUUUAAGUGCGAUCUGUGUAAUAAGUCUUAUGCUCGACAGACGGAGCUCGAAGCCCACUUCUCGUCCUACGACCACACGCAUCGCGCCCGCAUGGCAGACAUGAAGAAGAUAAAUGCCUCGAUGGACUCGAGCAAUUCGAAGCGGAAACGCCCCGAGGCCGAUGGAGAGAUGGUCACCCUUGACCCAACUCUGGGGGUGAGUGAGAAAGCGGCGCCGAAGUUCAAGAGGGUUGGAGCAACGUCAUUGGGUACUGGUGCAAGUGAGGCGUCGUCUACGAUGCCUGGCUUCAAGCGAAUAAAGCCAGAUGAGGAGAAGGAUAGAGAUGCCAGGGCUAAAAUGGACAUUGGUAUGAAAGAUGGCAAUAGGAAGGCUGGCAUCACCAUGACUGGCUUCAAGCGGGUCAUCCCCGAGGAGAACGUCGAGAAUGUGAAGGAGUCUGAUAUCAAGGAUACCCUUAAGGACGUCCCUGCCCUCGACAAAGAUCUGGAUUCAGACGAGGAAUCUUCUGACGACAACAGCGACACGGAUUUUUGGACGUACCCAUGCUUUCAGCCCCAGAAGUGCGACUGUGGCUGCGGCUGGGAAUGGAAGAUCCCAACUGUGGAGCAGCUGGCAGUUCCUCUUGACCAGCCUCUGGAUCUCUAGGCCUGUGUACUGCAUGCUGGGUCUGGGCAUGCGGAUCGGCGUUCAGGAUGAUAUGAUACCAGGUUGUCUCUACUGUUUUGCAAUGCAUAGCGACAUGGGAUAUUAUGAUAGGAGUUGCUAAU